AUGGAGGCGAACGCGGCGAAGCGGAAGGAGCCGCGCAAGGCGCUGCGGGUUAAAGUCAUCUCCAUGGGCAACGCUGAGGUGGGCAAGAGCUGCAUCAUCAAGCGGUAUUGCGAGAAAAGGUUCGUGUCCAAGUACCUGGCGACCAUCGGGAUCGACUACGGGGUCACCAAGGUGCAGAUCCGGGAUCGGGAGAUCAAGGUGAACAUCUUCGACAUGGCCGGACACCCCUUCUUCUACGAGGUGAGGAACGAGUUCUACAAGGACACGCAGGGGGUGCUGCUGGUGUACGACGUGGGAUCCAAGGAAUCCUUCGAUUCCCUGGAUUCCUGGCUGGCCGAGAUGAAGCAGGAGCUGGGGCCCCACGGGAACCUGGAGAACGUCGUGGUCGUCGUCUGCGCCAACAAGGUGGACUCCGGGAAGCUCCGUGUGGUGGACGAGAGCGAGGGCCGGCUCUGGGCCGAGAGCCGCGGGUUCCUCUACUGGGAAACCUCGGCACAGAGCGGGGAGGGGAUCCAGGAGAUGUUCCAGAGUUUCUACUCGUCCAUCCUGGACGUGUGUGAGAACGGCGGGAAGCGGCCGCCGGGCGGAUCCGGGCUCGGGUUCACGCGGGAGCAGGCGGAGGCGAUCCGAAGGAUCCGGAGCUGCAGGGACAGCUGGGAAAUGCUGGGAAUCAAACCCGGAGCCUCCAGGGAUGAGGUGAACAAGGCGUACCGGAAGCUCGCCGUGCUCCUGCAUCCCGAUAAAUGUUUGGCUCCGGGAAGCGAGGACGCCUUCAAGGCCGUGGUGAACGCGCGGACGGCGAUCCUGAAAAACAUCAAAUAGGGGGAAGGGGGGGAAAAAAUUCCAUGGGAAUUCCAUGGGGGAAAGGGAAAAAAAAUGAAUGGGAUUGACGGGGAGAGGAAAAAAAAAAAAAAAAAUUUUUUUAGCUGGGAGAAAAAAAAUUUCUGGGAUUUGCAGGGGGAAAGAAUUCCUGGGAUUCGUAAGCGGAAAAAAAAUAUUGCUAGGGAGAAAGAAAUUCCUGGAAUUCUCUGGGAGAAAAGAAAUGUUCCCCGAAAUUCCCAGGGGAAAAAAAAAAAAAAAUCCUGGGGAAAAAAAAUUCCAGGGAUUCGCUGGGAGGAAAAAAAAAAAAAAAAAAAAAAUCCUGGAAUUUUCAGGGAGAAAAGAAAAAAAAAAAAAUCCCAGGGAGAAAAAAAAAAAGUAAUUCCUGGAAUUCCAUGGGAGAAAGAAAAACUCCCAGAAUUUCCAGGGGGAAAAAAAAUCCUGGGAUUCCCAGGAAGAAAUAAAAAAAAUAAUCCCAGAAUUCCCAUGGAGAAAAAAAUAAUUCCCAGAGG